AUGGGGAAUGGCUCCUGUUCUCAAACCGUGGUUCUCUCGUCCCAUUCCUUCAAAGACUUCCAGGCUCAACCUGGCCCUUUGGAGACCUCCUCUGCUCCACCUCACAGCUCCGUGGCAGUCACUCUUCAAGACCUGGACCUUUGGACCAAGUUUCACCAUGCAGGAACAGAGAUGAUUAUUACCAAAACUGGGAGACGAAUGUUUCCACAAUGCAAGAUCAAAGUCACUGGCUUGAUCCCGUAUGCUAAGUAUCACAUGCUGGUCGAUUUCAUGCCAACGGACAACUUCAGGUACAAGUGGAACAAGGAUCAGUGGGAGAUUGCUGGGAAAGCAGAGCCACGGCCCCCAUGCCGGACGUAUGUCCACCCAGAUUCUCCUGCCCUCGGCAGCCACUGGAUGAAGGAGCCUGUUUCCUUCCAGAAGCUCAAGCUGACUAACAACACCUUGGACCAGCAGGGGCACGUCAUCCUUCACUCCAUGCAUCGCUAUAAGCCGCGUUUCCAUGUCAUGCAGGCAGAUGACCUAUUCAGCACCCGCUGGAGUAUCUUCCAUACCUUCAGCUUUCCAGAGACAGUCUUCACCUCUGUCACUGCCUACCAGAAUGAGAAGAUCACAAAACUCAAGAUCUACAACAAUCCAUUUGCUAAAGGCUUCAGAGACCAUAGGAAGAAUGUGCGUCGGUAA